GUGGGAUCGCUAAUGGCACAAUGGACGGCAACGAGCUUGUCGAGCUUUGGCUGCAGCGAGUCAACGAUCGUCCACGCAACACGAGACACGACAGGCAUCGUACGCAAAGAAGAACGGUGCGGCAUGGGGAACAUCUGGCUGGUGGAGAUGGACGUAAUGCGAUCGGUCAGAAUCAAAAGCAUUCAUGGGCUGAUGAUAACCCUCUCCCACCAAAUCGACACGCUCCACAGGGCCCUACUCGAGAUCAUGUUGAUACGACUAAUGGAUCUCUGGAAGAUGAUUCGCCGCAGAUGCCAGCAUUCGAGAAGAGGGCCAGACACAAAACAAGGCAUGACAAGUACGAUUUGCAUGGAUCUACCAAAAUGACAGUCUCGAAAAGCAAAGCAGAAAAGAUCAAGCGCCCAAGUCGACGCAGAGAGACCAGCAACAGGAUGCUGUUGGCUUCACGUGAGGUCAUGGACAAGUUUGCUCCAGAAGCAGUCCAUAAUAGCCGAGUGACGGGCGAUCAUCAGCAGGUGCAGGAUAUGGGCAACAUCGUCAAAGACCAAGAGAUAAGCGGCUACGGAUAUCGGGACGUCAUCAGUGACCAGCCAGAAAGUCGUUCUUCAUUCCCACCCAAAAAUCCCAUUCGGGGAGACCGACCAUCAACGGGCCGGAACACCUCUUAUUGCACUUGGUCCACAAGUGACAUGUCCACAGGAAGGCAUCCUGGCCAGCAAUCGCACCAGCUGGGACGCGACUGUCAAAGAAGUCUGACGCCAGAUCAUGUACAGCAAGCUCUGCAAGAAUCCGGAGCACUAGAAGGUGCAGGUGUAAGUAAAAGAGGCUGUCAGAUUCAGAACCCACAUCAAAUCGACGCCAUAAGGUCUGGGAACCUGCCCCACGAAGUAGAGGGCAGCGUCGCAGGCCACGACACCCCGAACCAUAGUCGCCCAAAUACUGUGAUAGUCCGCUACGAAGACAAGGGCGUGAUGGCAAGAGAGCUUUCACUCGACCGAGAGGCAAGAAUUGAUCAUUCGGUAGCCCCUGAAGAGAUGCAUGAGGGUACGCUUGCAACGCAAGCGCAAAACACAGCUUCUAAAGGGAUUGCAAAGAUGGCUGACCCAGUGGAUAAAAGCCACGACGAGAAGGAUCAAUCAGAGGUUAAAAUUAUUCCGAACGCUGAGGCUCUCAAUGGAGAGCUGUCUCGGGACGAGGUUGCCAAGCAAAUAUAUCUCAAGUCACCCGCACCCAAACCCCCUUUACCGGUCUCUCCAGGUCCUCCACGACCACAGCGGACCGUUUCGCUAGGGGAGACGCCUGAGCGAUAUUUUCAGUCUGUCGGCGACUAUCGCAUUACACGGCCGCUCACGGCGCCUGUAGAGUCAACACCCGGCGACGGUGUCGUUCACCUGCCUAAAGAGUGUCCGGCUGUCCCAGACACUGAAUCACCCGCUGAUGCCCAGUCUCAGUCUCAAUUAGGCCAGUCCCUCGCUUCAUCAACUCGCACUCACAAUCCGACACCACGAGAAGUGUACAGUCAACAAGAUCUUCAUCAGCAUCAGCCUAUGAAUGAUAUCAAGCACUGUGCACCACACUCACAAUAUGCUGUACCACCCGACAUGAAUAUGAGCAUGCACGGCGAGGAUGCUACCGAAAGCGUGGCCGCUUUUAUCCAGCGUCUAGAGGCAGAAAAUGGUUCGAUACCAUAG